UAGAUCGCGCUCGGACCCAUCCACCGUAGUACGUGGUUGAUCGUGGAACAAUAUCUCCAGUCCCGUAUAACCCACCAGUUAGUGCUCCCUCAAACAUGCCAGCAAAUUUCUGAAUUACACCUCAGCCGUGGAGUGGUUUUUCCCCAUCAAACAAAUCGUGUAUUUUUAUUUUCACCAUUAAUUUUGGAUUAAUCGUACAACGAAGCAAUUGACUCGUGUAAAAUCGAGUUGAUUCUUUGAUACUUUAAUACAGAAAAGACACUUGGAAUUCAGGGCUGAUAUUAUUCAUCAUGAGCACUCCUAACAGCACGCCGCAUGUGGACACGAAAGUCGGUAUCGUGAAAUUGAUUGUCUCUGGUGAUACCGUGACAAUCAGGGACAUUCCACGAGGGAGGCCCCCAAAUGAGGUGACGAUCUCCCUGUCCAACAUCUCAGCUCCCAAACUAGGGAGACGAGGUGGCCCCAACGCCGAUGAGGAGAGGGACAAGCCAUGGGCCUGGGAAGCCCGGGAAUUCCUGAGGAAGAAGCUCAUCGGGCAGGAGGUGGUCUUCGCCGAGGAGAAGGCCGCCACCACGAGAAAGUACGGUUCUGUCUGGCUGGGAAAAGACAAGAACACGGGUCAGAACGUAUCUGAACUCCUGGUGUCGGAGGGUCUGGCGACAGUGAAACGUGACGUUCGCAAUCCGAGCGACGCGCAAAAGCGUCUGAUGGAGCUGGAGGACGCGGCGAAAUCAGCCGGCAAGGGCCUCCACUCUGGUGCGCCAUCCUCGGAGCACAUUCGCGACGUGAAAUGGACGAUCGAGAACCCCCGUGCCCUGGUGGACAAGUACAACGGCAAGCCCGUGAAAGCGAUAAUCGAGCACGUGAGGGACGGUUCAACGGUGAAGGCCUUCCUCCUCCCCGACUUCUACCACGUCACCCUGAUGCUCUCGGGGAUCCGCUGUCCCCAGAUCAAGUCCGACGAGGAGGAGCCCUUCGCGAGGGAAGCCAUCUUCUUCGUGGAGUGUCGAAUCCUGCAGAGAGACGUUGAGAUAAUCCUCGAGGCGGCCAACAACAACAACUUCGUGGGGACGAUUCUCCAUCCCAACGGGAACAUCGCAGAGCUCCUCCUGAAGGAGGGCUUCGCCAAGUGCAUUGGCUGGACCAUGAACAUCACCAAAUCCUCUGUCGACAAUCUCUACAUGGCUGAGAAGGCGGCGAAGGAGAAACGACUGCGACUCUGGCGGGACUGGGUGCCCACAGCUCCCCAGAAAGAAUACAAUGCUGUUGUCAUUGAGAUCACGAGUGCUGACUCCAUGCUCGUGAAGAAUCAGAAUGGAGAAGUAAAAAAGGUCUUCCUGAGCAGCCUGCGACCGCCCCAGCGCCCGAAGAAGGCAGGGGAGGAGAAGGACGCCCCCCGCCCGAAGGACUUCCGUCCCCUGUACGACAUCCCCUUCAUGUACGAGGCGAGGGAAUUCCUGAGGAAGAAGGUCAUUCGAAAGCAGGUGAAGGUGAUCGAGGAUUACACGCAGCCCGCCAAGGACCAGUACCCAGAGAAGAUCUGCUGCACGAUUUUAGUUGGAAAAGUCAACAUUGCCGAGGCGAUGGUGUCCAAGGGGCUGGCGACAGUCGUCAGGUACAAGCAGAACGACGACUCGAGGCCCCAACAUUACAAUGAACUCUUGGCUGCCGAGAGCAAGGCUGAAAAAUCAGGGCACGGACUCCACGCCAAGAAGGACACAGCCCCUCAGAGGAUAAUCGAUCUGUCUAAUGAUCCCGCCAAGGCCAAGGUCCACCUGUCAGCGUUGAAGAGGACGAGGGGAAUCAAGGCUGUUGUCGAGUUCGUUACGAGUGGCUCGAGGCUGAAGCUCUUCCUGCCGAAGGAGCACUGUCUCAUCACUUUCCUGCUGGCUGGGGUCAAGGCCCCCAGGAGGUCCAGGCCGAAGCCGGGGGGCGGCACUAUCGAGGGGGAGAAGUAUGGCGAGGAGGCUUACAACUUCAUGAAGGAGCAGACCUUCCAGAAGGACGUGGAGAUCAUGGUCGAGAGCAUGGAGAGCAAAGGCAGUGGAUUCAUUGGCUGGCUCUUUGUCGAUGGGGUCAAUGUCGCUGUCUCUCUGGUGGAGGAGGGCCUCGCUGAGGUCUCCAGCUUCACCGAGAAUGGAGAGUACCUGAAGCUUGUGAAGGGUGCUGAGGAGCGUGCAAAAGCGAAAAAACUCAACAUCUGGAAGGACCGAGCUGAGGUUGAGGCAGACACUGAGAAGAUCGAAGAAGAGAAGGAGGUGCCUGAGAGGAAGACAGAGGCCAAGGAAGUGGUGGUAUCUGAGAUCACUGAGGAGCUCCACUUUUACGCCCAAUACGUGGACCAGCGCAGUCAGGUUGAGGGGCUUCUGACGAGACUGCGCCAGGAGCUCGAGGACAAUCCUCCACUUCCUGGGGCGUACAGUCCGAAGAGGGGGGAACUUGUUGCUGCCAAGUUCAGUGGCGAUGACCAGUGGUACAGGGCCAAGGUCGAGAAGGUGGCUGGGACCAAUGUCAGCGUUUUUUAUAUUGAUUAUGGAAACAGGGAGGUGAUUAAUGUCACGAGGGUUGCGCCGUUGCCUGCGGGAUUCUCCGGGGAAAAGGCUUUCGCCCAUGAACAUGUGCUGGCUUAUGUGGAGGCACCCAAGGAUGCUGAUGACCUCAAAGCUGCGCUGGAGGCUCUACAGGACGAUUUGGCAGACAAGACGCUGUUGUUAAAUGUUGCAUACAGAACUAAUGGUCUUCCAGCUGCAACUCUGGCUGAUCCAGUGUCCAAUGAGGAUCUUGUCAAGGCUAUUGUUUCUGAUGGAUAUCUGCACGUGACAAGCAGAAAGAUCACUAACAAAGUGUACGAUGACUUCAAAACAGCUGAGAAUGACGCAAAGAAGCAUCACCGUAACAUCUGGCAAUACGGCGAUGUGACGACUGAUCCGUCGAAGGACUGGAAGUAAACAAUCGUCGAAUGAAAUUCCACCCACGACGUUAAACCAAUAAAAUAUUGAAUAAACUACGCAUAAAAGGGAAAGGAGAAUCAACGGAGCAUAAUAUAGACAACAGAAGAGUAAUCAUGAAGAAACGAUAAUGAUUCAGUAAAAUGUAUUUCGAUAAAACAAGAAAAAGAUAAUUGGUGUACUGUUCUGGUGGUUGUGAUCGAUGUUUGGAGGACAAAAAAAGUAUGAAAGAGGAAUGGAAAGCAUAAUAGAAGUGAAAUAUUAAAUUGUACAUAUGAUCAUGUUUAAUUGCCAGGGGAUAAACGAUGUGGACUGGCAUUUGACCCCUCCUCGAUCAAUCUGCCCAAUAAGACUGUUGUCACCUCAUAACUGAUUCAUUAAUUAUUAAUCAUAAUGAAAAGAAAGUCUACAUUAUAUUCUCAAGUCCCCAUCCCACCAAUCAUGUUUUAACAUUUCAAUUGUUGAAUGAAACCACUGGAGGAGACAUUGACACG